AUGCUAUUUGGUUUAGGUAAAUUGUUUUAUGUCAUUCUACUGCUGAUAAAUGCGAUAGCAGUGCUUAGUGAAGAAAGAUUCUUAAGUAGAAUUGGUUUAGGUAGGUCUGCUAAUGAAGCACCAGUAUUUGGCCAAUCAGAAAAUUCUACUAAAUCAAAAGUUGUUCAAUUGAUCGGUGCAGUACAGACAUUAUUAAGAAUUCCUUUAAUUGGUAUCAACAUUUUGGUUAUUGUAUAUGAAUUAUUGUUGGGUUAA